CCUACCUACUUUUACGUAUAAAAGCCGAAACUUAGCUGUUACAACAACGGAACACAAAUUAUCUGUUUCUUUGAUCGGAUUAGGAUCGAUUUUUGAGAAAUUCCGGCAUGUCGAGUCCCGAAAAGCAAAAUCCGGAUGAGGUUGCGGACGUGGAGACGGCCGCGACGGGAACGGCGAUUACUCAGAGAUGGAAGAGAGAGGAUCUGAUAAAGAAAGGACCUGCGUGUCUUAGAGGAUUGGUUCUCCUCUUCUCUCUCCUCGCCUUCAUCAUCAUGGCCAGUAACAAACACGGCCCUGGCAAAAACUUCGACGAGUACGAAGAGUACAGAUAUUUAUUGGCGAUUGCGAUUCUCUCGACGUUGUACACAGCUGGACAAACAUUUCUGCACUUUUCGAAAAGAGAGUUCUUCGAUCGCCGAACCUCUACUUUGGUUGAUUUCGCCGGCGACCAGAUUGUGGCGUAUCUAUUAAUAUCAGCAGCUUCUGCUUCGAUUCCGCUAACCAACAGAUUCAGAGAAGGCCAAGAUAACAUCUUCUCGGAUUCCUCUGCUGCGGCCAUCAGUAUGGCUAUCCUUUCCUUCUUCUCGUUAGCCCCCUCGGCUCUCAUUUCUGGUUACAAACUCUCAACUCAGUCUUACAUCUGAACCUUCAUAUACAUCUUUUCGAUCCUGUGUAUCAUAAUACCAACGAUUCAUGUUCUGUCAGCCUCUGAUUCAUAGGCUUCAGUAUACAUGUACAUGUCAUUCGUUAUGUGUGCAUAGAGCUUGCACUCAAUAAAAGUCUCUUCUUUGUAUUCUUGCUCUUCCGUCACAAGGGGUUGUGUUCCUUUUUGGAGCAUGAACUGAGAAAUAAUACUCAUUCGUUCCUCUU